AUAUUUAUUAUCCAAAGUGAAGACUCCAACUUGUGCAUUAAAGCGGACACAGAUGGCCUUGUUCUGGAAGACUGUGGUCAGCUCUCAAAAGACAUGCUAUGGAAAUGGGUAUCCAAUCGCCGUCUUUUCAACAUAGGCAGAAGUACCUGCCUAGGACUGAACAUCAGUAGACCAGAACAGCCAUUGAGCAUGCUCGAAUGUGAUUCAACUCAGUACUCAUUAUGGUGGAAUUGUGAUGGAAAAGCAUUAGUUGGUGUAUCAGGGUACAAAUUAGCCAUUGAAAACAGCAAACGUAUUUUGGCCAAAAAAAAAUCUACUCAUCAGUGGAAGCAGUACAUGUCCUAUGAUGAAGACCUUUGUGAACACCCAUUUCAAGAAACAUACACCUUGCUGGGAAAUUCUUUUGGUUUCCCAUGCAUUUUUCCAUUUAAAUAUAACAACAAGUGGUAUUACGAGUGUACCAGAGAUGGAAAGGAAUUUGAGUGGUGCGCCACAACAACUCACUAUGAACAAGAUGAAAAAUGGGGCUUUUGCCCAAAUGCCGAGAGUGGCUGUGACAUUUUUUGGAAGAAGAACCCCAACACACACCUUUGCUACCAGUUCAACCUUGCGUCUGUGCUGCCCUGGCGUGACGCACGGGCUGCCUGUCAGCUGCAAGGAGGAGACCUGCUGAGUGUCACUGACCCUGAAGAGCAGAACUACAUAAGUAACCUAAGCAGGCAGUUAAACGCCACAGACAUGAUGCUGUGGAUGGGUCUGAAUCGCCUGGAGGAAGAUGCCGGCUGGCAGUGGUCAGAUGGAGCGCCGCUAGCGUUUGUGAACUGGAGAACAGAUAUCACUGAUCGCCAUUUUAAAGAAAAUCGUUGUGCAGUGAUUAAUUCAAAGUUGAAGUAUGGCUGGCAAAGUUUUUUAUGUGAAUCUGGAUUGCCUUUUGUAUGCAAAAAAUAUUUAAACAAGACAAAGCAUGAAACAUUGGAUACAUGGAAGUAUUAUGCCACUCGUUGUGAUGCUGGCUGGUACCCACACAAUCGCAACUGCUACAGACUUCAUACAGAAGAGAAGAGCUGGAACGAUGCUUUUACCUCAUGCCAAAGUGACAGUAGUGGGCUCAUUAGUAUAUCCUCCAUGGCAGAUGCAGAGCUGCUCCUUAAGUUGCUUGAAAGUGAAAAUGUAACUGAAACAUGGAUUGGGUUAUACAGUAAUAACACCCCUGUUGUUUUUGAGUGGUCAGAUGGCACCCCAGUAAAAUUCUCAAACUGGCACAGCCAAGAACCUAACACCUUUCAGAGAACAGGACAACUCUGUGCUUCAGCACUAGGACCUGAGGGACAUUGGAAGCUUAAAAACUGUGAAGACAGAUCUUCCUACAUUUGUAAAAAAGCAGGGGAAUUUAAUAAUGUAUCUCCUGAGCUGGAAUCAAGUUGUCCAGAGGGAUGGGAAAGACAUGGUGGAUAUUGUUACAAAAUCGACAGUACCCCUCGAAGUUUUGAACAUGCUUCCAGUGGUUAUUUCUGCCCAUCUGCACUUGUAUCAGUAACAAACAGGUUUGAACAAGCUUUUAUCAACAGCAUGAUCCGUAGCAUGGUAAAAUCUGAGAGAACUUAUUUUUGGAUAGGACUGCAAGACCUUAACAACACAGGAGAAUACUUUUGGCUAAGCACAGAGGGAAAGAAUCGCUCCGUGAGCUACACAAACUGGAACAAGUACCAGCCACGUCAUUCUGGAGGAUGUGUGGCUGUGCGAGGACAGCACCCUGUUGGUUACUGGGAGGUGAAAAGCUGUAAAAACUUAAAAGCAAUGUCACUGUGCAAGCAAAAAAUCAAUUCUUAUGAAGAACCGGAACUUACUUUUCAAAAACAUUUGAGUUCCUGCUAUUUUGGAUGGGAGUCGGAAGCUAAUCUGCUCAACUGCUACAAGAUAUUUCACAAUGAGAAAGUUCUGAUGAGAAGAACAUGGGAAGAGGCAGAAGCGUUAUGCCAAGAUUUUGGAGCACAUCUCGCUAGUUUUAGCCAUAUCUAUGAAGAGACAUUUUUAAACAAUUUAUUAUAUACAAUUUUUGAUAGGACAGAAGAAAGACAGUUCUGGAUUGGAUUUAAUAAAAGAAACCUGCUUUCUGAAGGGACAUGGCAGUGGUCUGACAGAACACCUGUUGUAUCAUCAUUUUUGGAGAGCAAAUAUAUUGAAGACGACUCAAGAAACUGCGGUGUGUUCAAAGUAAAUAGUACAGUCUUCCCAGCACACUGCAAUGAAAAGCGUGAAUGGAUAUGCAAAAUACCAAAAGGUGUUAAACCAAAGAAUCCAAGUUGGUACAUAGCCG